CUAAGACAGUCCCAGUCCUACUGCACAGACACGGAAUGCCUGCAAGAAAUGCCGGGACCCAGUCCAUCGAGCAGUGGUGACCUGACGGUGCCCAUGAUCAUGAUGGCCUGGGUUGUGAUUGCCCUGGUACUGUUUCUCCUGAGGCCAGCCAGCAUGAGGGGGCCUGGGGCCGCAGGCAAACCUCCCGGUCCACACAAUAACCACGGCCGAGAACCCCCGGCGCCCCCUGUGGAUUAGACCUGCCUCGGAGCGGGUUUCGGCAGCCAAGGAUUCCUACGACCAAACCAGCUACUGUGACCUGGACGAGCCUUCGGAAUGUUUUCGUCUCCAUCGGGCCCAUUUGGUGUUUUGUUUCUUUUCUCAUCCUAGUCCUGUCCUCAGCCGGCCAUUUUCUCGCCUCUCCUUCCCUCUUUCGGGCCGGCACACCUGCAGAGGGCCGUGAUAACUGGGGGGGUUGGCAGUUGAGCAGUGGGGGUGAGGAUAUUUGAUUGGACGGCGUGAGGGCAGGUGCCCCUUCAUUUUGGUGUGUUGAGCCCCCCCCCCGUCAACCCGUUUGAAACUCGGCAAGGCAAUGUCCAACGUGUUUUUGCCCAUUAUUUUGUCAAAUCAAAAUGUAGAAAUUGGAAAGCUGAGAUAUAGAAAGAGGCAUGGAAACUAAGAAAUGUAUCCAGUACUUCCUCACUGUAGUACCACCAAAUUUGUUUGGUUGUGUUGCCAGUUUUAGGUCUCAUGUGAGUCUGCACCAAUAUCUCAACAUUCCUCUUUAUUUUGCCUCCUUUGUAUUAUAAUCCUGAUUUCUACCAGACACUCACAUUGCCAGUUUAAGUGCCAGACUUGGAGGAAGAAGUAGGGAGGACAGUGCCAUUUUCAGUUAAAUUUUGUGAAAACUCACUGGAGUUCACUUACAGAAAAAAAUACUUUAAGAAACUGUAACAGGAGUGUGUAACCCCACCAACACCAAAAGAAAAACGUGCUGAUUUACAUUUAGCUGUGAGCAGGCUUACAUUGCUCACAGUUCAGUUACUGAAUAACUUGCCAAGUCUCCCAGUACAGACCUGUCACUACAAAUCACAGGCAUGUAAACACCCUGCCCCCACAGCCCCUACCAGCUCUGGAUGUGCUUAGAAGAAAGACUUCCUUGAGGCUUUAAUAAACCCAUAUAAUAUAAUUACAGAAUUUCUUCUUAAGGUCUUUUUUUGUGAAUAAAUGGCUGUACUCGGGUGCUAACGAUAAAGCUCAUGUUAAAAACCCAAAGCAUAUGUGUUGUCAGGGGGCUCUAAUAUCCAUAUCUGAUGAUGGAAUUGAAAGAGGGAGAUGAUGUUUAUUCA